UUGGCGGGUUUAACUGUGGAGUAACGGCCUGCCAGAGUGGGGGAAGGGAAAGAUUGCUUCGGAGGGGAUACCAUCCCCACCACUUACUCGUCCAUCAGUCGCUCUGAGGCCGUUGUGGAGAGAGGAUUGUUCUUGUUGCGUCUGUGCGUUUAACGUUUCGUGUUUGCUUUCACGUUGCGUACGUCAGUUUCGUUCAAUUUUCUUUUUGUUCUUUCGGCUUUUUAAUUGCCAAACGUGCUGUAUCGGUGUCAAAAAGUUUUCUCGCGUAUUAACGGAAAGACGUGUGCGUGCUAGUGUUGGUAAACUUAACCUCAAAGUGGCGGCGAGUUACUGUUUAGGUCGUAAACAACCGAGUGCAGUGUCUUUGUGUGAUGGUGUUUCCACAUUGAGGAUGUGAAAUCGUGGAUAGGAAGAAAGGAAAAAUAGUUUCUCUUCUUUCGUUUAAUCCGAUGGAAGAAGAAGCUUUCUCCGAUUAUUCUUAACGCGUUUCUCGCUCUGUUUUACCGACCGUAUAAAGGGCACGCCACGCUCUCCGUGCGGGAUUCUUCGUGGCGUCGGCGACACGUUUAACCUCGAUGAACGUAGAAGGCGGUCGAAAUAAAUGGUGACACGAGUAGUUAUCAUUCAAUAUCGUGGAGUUACAAAUUACGGAUGAGAAUGCGGUAGUGGUGGAUGGCAAAUGCACCGAUGGAUCAUCGUCGUGUAUCCGAGGCGGGGACCUUCUUAAUUGAAUCAUAUCGACAGAACCGCGAACAGAAUCGUCCUAAAGGUCGCUCGUCCUCGUAGCCCACGCGGGCGAUUUGAAUCGUGGUGUUUUUAGUUUAUCGUUGUUGUUGUUAUUUGUUAUCAUUGGUGUUCCGCGUGACAUGAAGCAUACGUGAUCCGAGGACACGGUGUUUGUAUUUUUUACUGUUUUGAAACCAGAGAAAAAAAAUGUAUCCUAGUGCUGGAAUCAACGCUGCUGCUGUAGCUGCUGCCGCUGCUGCCAGGCAUCCGGGUCCGCCGCAACCAGGUCAACAAUAUAAAUUCUCGAUCGGCGAGUUGUGCGAUCGUAUCAAGGAGGAUUUCAACUUCCUUCAAACGCAGUAUCACAGUAUUAAAUUGGAACUAGAGAAACUCGCCCAGGAGAAGACUGAGAUGCAGCGUCACUACGUUAUGUAUUACGAGAUGUCCUACGGGCUGAACGUGGAAAUGCAUAAACAGACAGAGAUAGCGAAGAGGUUAAACGCCAUAAUUGCUCAGAUCCUGCCAUUUCUCUCGCAGGAACACCAACAACAAGUCGCUACUGCUGUUGACAGAGCCAAACAAGUGACCAUGACCGAGCUCAACGCCAUUAUCGGGCAACAAAGGCCAGACCUGCCAAGGCUUCUUCAGCAGGUGCACGCCCAACAACUACCACCUGGCGCCGCUAUGGGCCCGCAUCCAGGCAUACCUGGCCUUCCCGGGCUCGGCCCUGGUGCUGGUCUUCCCGUUCCUACGUCAGCCUCCGCAGCACUUCUCGGAUUAGGUAUUCCACCGGGCGCCGCGGCAACCGCUGGUGGUACAGCUGCUCAUCCCCUCUCGAUGUUGACCAAACCGGACAUCCAUCGUCAAGCGGACGAUUUAAAGCACAACGGAGGUCUUAAUCCGGCCGAGGAGAGGCAUAGAAGUUCGAUAUCACCCGCGGAACGCGAGAAGUAUAGCAGGCCGCGAUCGACCGACCCCCAACACCACGACCACCUUCCACUCAAGAAGAUGAAGAAAGAACAGGAUAAGGAUAUAGGCCAUCAAAGCGAUGGUGAAAAGAGCGACCAGGACUUGGUGGUUGACGACGCCAGCGAGGGGCCGACGAGCCCUACGGCGAAUGGCACAGCGUCGCCAAGAGAGAACGGGCUUGACAAACUCGGCCCUUCCUCGGUGCCUUUGAGCAGCCAGGUGAAGAAAGAAGUCCCGCCACCAUCGCCGAGAAGCGGCACGAGCAGCAACGCGAGCACACCCUCGGCUAAGAAGAUGGAAGAACGAGAAAAACCGACUACGCCUAUCUCGAAACCCGUCACGCCCACAUCAGCUGGUGGUAGCAGCUCCGGGUCCGGUGGUCUGAAACCAUCGAGUUCCAGCAAACCACUGGUCUCGGCUUCGGCGGUCGGCCCUUAUCCGCCACACUAUCCGCCGCCACAUCAUCCACCCGCAGGACCUCACGUGGACGUGCUGGGUUAUCCCCCAGCCCUGAAUGGAUAUCCCGCAAGACCGCCUCUUCAGCAGCUCUACGAUCCUCACGGAAGCAUGAGGGCUCCUCUUGGACCUCUCGGUGUACCCGGUGGCAAACCCGCGUACAGUUUCCACGUGUCGAGCGAGGGCCAGAUGCAGCCGGUUCCAUUCCCUCACGACGCUCUAAUUGGACAAGGAAUACCGCGACAUGCACGCCAGAUAAAUACCCUGACACACGGGGAGGUGGUGUGCGCGGUGACGAUCUCGAAUCCGACUAAAUACGUUUACACCGGUGGCAAAGGAUGCGUCAAGGUCUGGGACAUCAAUCAGGGCGGGAGCGGUAGCGCGAAACACGUUUCGCAGCUUGAUUGCUUGCAACGAGACAACUACAUCAGAUCGGUGAAACUAUUACCAGAUGGGAGAACCUUAAUCGUAGGCGGUGAAGCGAGUAACCUCAGUAUCUGGGACUUGGCGAGUCCAACACCAAGGAUCAAAGCGGAGUUGACUUCGAACGCGCCAGCUUGUUACGCUUUGGCCAUCUCCCCCGACUCGAAAGUCUGCUUCAGCUGUUGCAGCGACGGGAACAUCGCCGUCUGGGAUAUACAGAAUCAAUCUCUGCUCAGACAAUUCCAAGGUCACACGGACGGCGCCUCGUGCAUCGACAUCUCUGCAGACGGCUCGAAAUUGUGGACCGGCGGAUUGGACAACACGGUCCGCUCUUGGGAUCUGAGGGAAGGAAGGCAGUUACAACAGCAUGACUUCACUUCUCAGAUAUUCUCGCUGGGCUACUGCCCUACCGGCGAGUGGUUGGCAGUGGGAAUGGAGAACUCAAACGUUGAGGUGUUGCACGCCACGAAACCGGACAAAUAUCAGCUUCAUUUGCACGAAUCUUGUGUACUUUCGUUACGUUUCGCUACCUGCGGCAAAUGGUUCGUCUCAACUGGCAAGGACAAUUUGCUAAACGCGUGGCGUACGCCAUACGGUGCCUCGAUAUUCCAGUCGAAGGAAUCUUCGUCGGUGCUCAGCUGCGAUAUUUCUACAGACGACAAGUAUAUUGUGACUGGAUCAGGUGAUAAGAAAGCUACAGUGUACGAAGUGAUAUACUGAACAGUUACAUGAUCGAUGCGACAUUGAGACACUGGAACAUCGUCGAGUGUACUACGCUUUUACAUUAGUUCGUAUGAGAAAUAAGAGGGUUCUGUUCCAAGAAUACCCAUCAAAGAUUAAAUUGAAACUCUGAUAAAGUAUGUUGAGGAGGGGAACUUUUGUGAAACGAGUGAUAUAUAUAUAUAUAUAUAUAUAUAUAUGUACACACAUACAUACAUACAUACAUACAUACAUAUAUACAUACAUACAUACACGUUAGCGUGUGUUAUAUUUGUUAAAUUUGAAUCACGCGCAGCGGCUCUCGUAUUGCACACGAGGAAGAAAAAGAACAGAGAUGAAGAAGCUGCGAACUGAAGUUAUAUUAUAUAUAUAUAUAUAUAUAUAUAAGGUGGCAGAACAUUUUAGUUAUUUAAGAUUGUAUAAAACAUAUGGUUAUAAAUAGGCCAAGAAGACAAUUAUGAAUGAGACUAUACGUGAUAACGUAUAUACAUUCGCUCGGAUAAUUAUGUGAUCCGCGAUUGUGUUCGACUUCUUUGACAGGAAGUCGCUUGUGUAAUAUGUUACUAAUGUAAUAUAGAGUUUUACGACAAAAACUAUUCAUUACGUACGAUUGUGAGAGAGAUGCAAGGCGAAAUAUUAUUUUCACCGCGCGUGAUGUUCUCGUGCUUUACUAUAUGAUCGACGAAAGAGCGAAUUGAGAUGUUUGAGAGAGAGAGAAAGAGAGAGAGAGAGAGAGAGAGAGAGAGAGAGAGAGAGAGAGAGAGAGAGAGAGGAGAGAUUGUGCGUACACGAUCUAACAUGUAGACCUGUCGAAGUAGAAAUGUGUGUGUCGUGUUGCAAAAUUCUACGUAAUGUAAUCGAACACACAACAUAUAGAAGCAAGAAUGUUUUAAUUCGAGGAUAGAGAAAAAUGUAGGUCUAUAUCGAACCGAUGUAAUUUUGAUCGUGCUAAGAUUGUGUAAAGGAAAAUGGGGUUUUUUUCGUGUGACCCUCGAAUAUUUCCAUUACGAGAAAGAGUAUAAAAAAGAGAGAGAGAGAGAGAAAAAAAAGAUAAAAAAAGAAAAAAAAAAGUAACUCAUAUUCCGAAAAUUUGUACUCGUAUAGAAGUUUCAGUUACGAAUUUUUUUUUCGUUUUUUCGUUGCUAUUCUGUAUGUCGGUAUAUGCAGCUACCACUCGUAACUAUAUGUUCUGCGGUAACUGUGAGAAAUUGUGAAAGGCACGAAAAAGAAGGUUAAGAUAGGAAGACAAUAGGUAUGGAUAUGAUGAUGAUCUCUCGACUAAUUUUUUGUAGCAAAAGAAAACGGAGCGCUUAGAGCAGACGAAAAGAGAUUUGAAGAUUUUUUUCUGACGCACCGUAAUUGGUAUCGCCAAAAAAAAAUAAUCCUUUACGAGGCACAAGUUUAUGGUACAUCGUAUCUUGUUCGUGGCCGAUCCUAAACGAAGAUCGAAAUAUAGUUAACGAGAUGAAUCAAUCUAUUUAUAUUUUACAAUUGAAAAUUUUAUUAUACGAUGAAUCGAAAUGAAAUGAAUCAUUGUGUAUAUGUUCGACGAGCGACGAACUAAAUACUAAAUAGAGAUGUAUUUAUGAUGAUCUAUUUUUAUCUUAUAUUAUUGAUUUACGAUGAAUUUGAAUCUCUGAUCUGACAAUGUUGCGGACUAUAUGCGAUGUACGUUUUUACGUAUUGUACCAUUCGCGAGGAAACGCUAGUUUCGCCUGUAUCCCACACGUAACGAAAUUAAAAUUGUAUCCAAUGAGGAAAUCGAUUGAAGUAUUGAAACCUGAAUUGUAGAGAAGCAUUACGAUUGCGUUACCGUUACUGCCACAUCAACGAGGCAUCAACGCUAUUAUUCCACGAAUAGAAGCACACGGGCCACUUACGCUCCCAAGCACGUUUAUUCUGCGAGAUUUUCGUGCGAAAAAUAUUUUUGUGACGAUCCCUUAGGUUUAAUUUGUUAGCGACUUGAUCGAUGCGAGACACACGUACCUUGCGAUUGAAUUUAUAUAUCUUGAACAAAAAGAUAAAUUUGCGCCAAGUACACGCGGUUAACGAUUUCUUGGAUGCCUACCAGGCAUGUGAAAUUAAUAGGGUACUAUAGGUUAUUAUUCGCGUUAUUAUUCGGAUUUUAAAAUGGUAAAAGCAGGGAAUGCAUAAUGGAGAUUUAUAUUUUGUUACAGGAAGACAACCACACGUUUUACAUUUGCUGUGAUCGUCGUAGAAUCGACGCUGUAUACUGCCGAAUCAAUAAGAAAUAGAAAAAAAAAAGUAUAAAAAAAAAAGAAAAUAUUAAAAAAAAAAAAGAAAUAAGAAGAAAAAAACUAAUACGAAUUACGUGUCGCGAUAGAGGGACAAAAUAGAAAAUAGAAAAAUAAAGAUGGAAGAAAAUGUGCGAGAAAACAGAUAGAUUUUCGACGAGCACAGCUCCGAUGAUAGACCAAUAGAAACAACGAUACCUCAAGAAGACUCAAUAGUUAAUUAUCUCUUUAACGAUUAACUUGUACAGAAUCAAUAUUCUUUUACAGUAAAUAAUUACGCAUACCCACAUACAAUUGCAUACACACAGAUGCAGGUUAGGAAGAACAGCGAAAUCGUGAUUCAACAUUCGCUAUAUAAAGUAAAAAAACAAAUUUUCUGUCCCGCGUUUCAUUGAAUUGUGUCUCCGUGCUCGCAAUUUGCACUCCGUGUGUACGAAAGCGAUUAGAAAUAUGCGUUUCCAGCCAGAAGAAGAAGUGAAAAAAGAAAAAGCAAAAGACAAGUGUUAAUCCUUUCCAAGCACAGUUCAUGUUGUUCCUAUAGCUACGCGAAAAUUGUUUCUUUCGACAAUUAAAUCAUCUAUAUCUAUAUA